CUUCUGCUAGCUCCAGGCAGAGCGGUACUCUCCAGUUCAAUCCCCUUGGCCUGUGCUAAGACACCUGUAGACAAAUGGCGGUAGCCUGGGAGGAGUAUUUCCGACUGGCCCUCCGAGAGAAAGUGCCUAAGAAGCCUCUAGAGCAGAACGUAGAACUCUUUCUACCCCUGCUUCGUCUAUGGGAGAAGAAACAAGAGCUAGCAGCCGCAGACCAGGCUCUGCAGCACCAGAAGGAGGAGUUUCGCAGCACGAUGGCCACCCUGAAGCAGCGCUGGGCACAGCUGGAGCAGAAAGAGCAGGAGCUGAAGGGGUCUUUCAUCCGAUUUGACAAAUUUCUCCAGGACGCAGAGGCCCGAAGGGGUCGCGCACAGCGGAGAGCCACAGAGGAGAGCCAAGGAGCGCGCCAUCAGGAGGCAGAGGCGCUGCGGCUGCGCGCACAGCUGGAGGAGCUGCGGCAGGAGCGCGAGCGGCUGCAGCGGAGGCUGCGGCGCCUGGAGCCCUGUGCGCGCCUCCUGGAGCGCGUGCUGGAACACCUGCCGGAGUUUCAGGAGGUUCAGGAACUGGUGGCACGCUUCGAUGGCCUGGCAGACACACAGGAGGCACUGAAGCUGGCGGAGAGCAAGCGACAGGUGGAGCUGGACACGACCCGUGUGCAGCUGAAUCGUCUGCGGGAAGCCAAGGAGGAUGAGCUGUUGCGUCUGGGCCAGCAGCGCGCGCAGCUGCUCGAGCAGUUGGAGGCAGCGCGAGAGCGCACUCUGCAGUGGGAAUCCAAGUGGACUCAAAUCCAGAACACAGCAGCGGCCAAGACGCUGCUCCUGGGACGCACUCGGAUGUCUGCCCUCAACCUGUACCAGCUUGUGCGCCUGCGCCAGAGUCAGCCGCGAGCCUUGGACGUGGAGGACACCGAGGGGCAGCUGGAGGAGGUGAAGCUGUUUAUCAUGGACCUCUCAGCCAUGCUGGCCAACCUUGCCCAGGCUGAGCCCACAGCCACUGCCUCCUAGUUCAGCCAGGUGAGCAGCGAAGGGGACCCGAGGGAACAAGUUCCACAUUUCUUGGUGUGCAGGCUCAACACAGUGGCUCUCUGAAUAUGCCUUCUCCUGGGCAAGAUGGAGCUGUGCCAGCCAUGCCAUCACACACUCAGUUAAGUAAACUGCCUGUGGGGUUGACAGCUGUGCUGUCACCACCCACCACACAGGCCUCCCUUCCAGCUGGCUGGGGCCACUGGACAAGUUUAGAUGGGGUUGGUGCACCCCAAGACGAGUAAAGUGGGUCCUGGCAGCAGCUGACUGUUGGUAGUGUCUGCUCUUCGGGGCACAGCAGGGUAGUCUCCAGUGUGUACCCGGCUUGCGCUACAGGAUCCAUGACCCUCCCAGAACCUCAAACAAAAGGUGGAGGAAUCUGUCAGGGGGAUGGAGCACUCAAGGAUGGCAAACUGGGUCUCUCCUCCAUGUGCAGAAGGACAAUGCCACCCUUAGAGCCCGCCUCUACCCUGCAGUGGUCCUGAGCUGCUUCGGCAACUGGAUCCAGAGUCUUACCUUCCUCACCUCAGAGACCUGGAGGGAAGCCGGAUGCCUGUAAUCACAGGGCUACGGGAGGCAGAUCUCUGUGAGCUUGAAGCCAGCCUGGUUUAAAAAUCCAGGCCAGGUGAGGCACACUGGCAUGGCCACCUGCACUCAGCCGAUACAUCAGCUGAGAUUUUCCUACCUGAAUCUGUCUCUUCCAACACCCCAAGGAAACUAUAUUCUACUCUACCAGG